AUGCUCAAUUUUUUGCUCAUCUUUGCUCUCAUCUUCUCGUCGACUUCAAUAGCAAAACAACCUUCCGAUUUGGAGUCGAUCACUGAUGACUACAUGACCCUUGCUCGGAUCAUCAAUGCAAUCUUCCUUCAAUCGUCCCUCGAUCAAAAAGAUUUCAACUUUCGUGAUGUUAUCGUGGAACUUCUGAAAGUCGACCCAAAUGUUUUCGAUGGAAUUUUGAAUGUUGAUGCUCAAUCGGCAGUUUCUUCGAUGACCGAAUUAAGUGAAAACGUCAAAAUCGUGAAUGAAAAAGGGCAAAUGAACAAGUUGGACACUAUGAAGGAAGGAUUACGGUUUCUUGCUGAGUUCAUGAGCGAACCUAGCACCGCUUCUUUGGAUGCCGACAAAUUUAAAGAGUUGAAAGCCAAUGUCAGUUCCAAUCUUCCAGAUGAUUCGAUGUUCGAAAGGAAGUGUGACAGUGGAACGCUUGAAAUCCUCUCAAAUGUUUACGAUAAUUAUAUAGCAGGCCAAAAAGAACAGAAACCUUCAGAAGACUAUGAAAAACUCAAGGAUGCAUUGAAGUCGUUCUCCGAAUGUCUGAAAAAAAUGAUACCUUUUAAACAGGUUUAUGGUGCACAUCCGCUUCUUCAAAUUUAUGGAAAGUAUGAUCGUGUAAUGAAAAUGCCUAACGAUUUGUUCCAAAAGUUCAAUCAAACACUCGGCAUGACGAAAAAGUUAAAUAAUGAUUUGGCGAUUAGCAAGGUACUUUGGACUCGAAAAUCAGACCAACAACUUCCUAAAAACGUGACGGAUCAAAUCAAAAACUCCAUCUCUCACAGUAAGGAACACUACAGAACACUGGAACCUAAACCACCAGUUCUCACUGUUAGUUUUGUCGAGCCAAAGGAUUUGCUGAGAGUUCCUAUGGAUCUGAAAAGUCAGUGGUUUGCUAAACAUUUCAUUCGUAAUUCCACAAUCAUCAAGGGUCUGACGAAAGCUUUGGAACCAUUCAACAAAGUAUCAGAGUCCAUUCAAGACCUGGACCAAGAAUGGGCACCUUUCAAUGACCGGCACCUCACCGAAAAUAUAUUAAAUGAAAUAUAUACCGUCGUUGACGUUUCGAGUAAGCUUUAUACAGAUGGAACUGCCGAUGGAAUGGAAUUUGAUAAACUCGCAGAGAAGCAGGAUGCCAUUUUGAGCAAAUGUCCCGAUCACAGGCCGGACGAUGAGUUCGAGAAAACCUUCGAGGAUUUCAAAAAAGAAGAAAACCAGUUUGAACUCGCUUACAAAGAUAUGAAAAGUCUCCUUAGAAGAACAUUGAGAGUUUUUUAUUCUGAAGGAGAAUCAUACGAAGAGCAAGAAAGAAGGAUGAAUAUCGUUAAGAAGUGCUCGGAUGAAACUCACAAAUUCCUAAGUGAAAAUCCCGCCGACAAUAAUGACAAAGAGAUGAAGAAAGUGAUAACAAACACCUACAGAAAGUAUGCGGAUUGUAUGCAAUUAGAAAUGAACAUAAGAACGGACUUAAAGUGGAUCGCCGACAAAGUUAUAAGUUUCGAGAAAAGACAGGAGACAUUGGUUGCCAAAUUAGUCGAGUAUAGGAACAGAAUUGUGGCACAAGGAGUACCAUCGUAUGUCGACGUUCUCGAAAAGUCGAAAGGAUUAGAGUUGGAAACAUGCUUGAGAGAUGGCGGUUAUAAACCGGCAGAAUUAAUCAAACCAUUGGAUUUCGCUUUGGUGGCUGAGAAAGUUUCUAAGCACGACCAAGUCAAAGCGACUGUCGAAUACUUGGAGCAGAUCCUGAAAGCUCAAACUGCUUUGAAGCAAGUCGAAAGCCUCCUUCCUGGAAACCGUACCAAACGAGCGAAUGCUUCUAAAAGUCCACUCAAUCUUGGAAACAUGACCAAACAACACGCUGAAGACUUUGGAAUUUGCUCAAUCGCUCUUCUGAAUAUGGUUCAAGUGCUCCAAUCCAAAGAACGCCUUUUGAAAAUCGGAAACUUUGCGAAAAGUGUUCGCCAAAAAAUGGAUAACAGGCUGGAAAACUACAAGAAGCCCCUCAAAGCAAUCGAAACGCUUUUGAAACAAGCCGAUGACGUGGAUGAGGCAGCUGUGAAGCUGAGAAAGCAGAAUCCAGAAAAGUGGACGGAACUUUUUGACAUGAUUGCUGAAAUCAAGGGAAUACUGGGAGAUCGACAGUCUUUGUAUGAGUGGAAAUUGAAUAAUGAACGUAGUUGGUUUUUCAAUACGAAAACCAGCACUCAAGUAGAUUCACUUUUGGCUGUGAAUUUGGAUUUCAAAACGUAUCAAUCGAGACUUUUAGACGGAAGGUUUACGUAUGUAGCGCUGAAAAAGUAUUUCGAUGAGCUCUUCGGACAUGUCAAAAAAGCAAAACCUCAUACGGUAGUAGUUGAGAAACACCAUUUAUCAUGGCCACUCCUAGUUGGUAUUUGCAUCGGUAGUAUCUUUUUAUUACCCCUAGCUUUUCUUAUGAUCUUCGGAAUGACGAAAAAGGGAAGAAGGACCUUUAAGAAUUGGUACCUUUUCUAUUUUGGAAAACCAGAAGAAUUUGAGAAACGGUGGAGAUAUUCAUGCUUCAUGGAUAAAGUAAACGGAGAAAAUGCACUUUUGGAUGCUGUCCGAGAAACGAACAAGGCAAAUUUGUUGGUUGCAUUGAAGAGAGGGGUCUAUGUGAAUGCAUAUAAUAUCUUUGGAAACACGGCUCUCCAUGCAGCGACCAAAGGAGGACAUCCGGAUCUUGUGGAAGCUCUCAUCCGUCAUGGAGCAGAUCGAUCGAUUUUGAAUGCCAAAAAUCGGACACCUGAACAAAUGAUUCCAGUGCACUACAAGCAGAUAUUCAAGGAAGACCAAAUACAAAAAUUUGAGAAGAUUCAGAUGAUCUAUAAGAAGUAUCGAAAGAAGAGCUUCCGAGUUCGGGUUCCCGAGAUUUUCCCCGUUUUCUCAUUUCGUAUUUGGCCAGAGGAACGGACUAAUGACGACUUGUCCAACAAUUUCAUGAAUGUCUUCCAGUCGAUUACAUCCAUGGAAACCUCUCUCCAUAUGACUCAUUGUGUUGUGAAGACAGAUGAGAAUGGGAUUCUUGAAACGGAUAAUUUGAGUCUUCUCUUCUGGAUGUUCCAUGGUUGUAUAAUUGUAAAAGAGAAAUGGAUGACUGACUGUCUUAAAAACGAGAAACUCAUCGAACAAGACUACAACUAUCUAGUGGAAAAAGUGAAGUACAAUGGGAAAGUCUUUGAUACAGUAAUCCAAUGGUCGCAAGCAAUGGCUAAGAGUGAACUACCGUAUCUCUACGGCGUUCAGGUUGCAGUGUGUAUGGAAGAGUAUCCUAAUAUGUUCACCCUAACUGCUAUCAUCAACUCUCAAGGAGGCACACUGUUGAAUGAGUUUCCAGUGAAAAAGAAGUAUAAAGCCGGAUCUCAUCCUUAUCUUCAUGCACACCUGGGACCACUUUUUAUCAUUCAUGAUGGAUCGGUAAUCAGUUAUUUUUUGCGAUUUUCAAAAUCAAAAUUUUAUUUUGCAGGCCGAUUUGAGUGCUUAUCAAAAGGAUACAAUGUUUACACUAUUCACGGAGGCGGAGUUUAUCGAGUUCAUGUUGAAGAGGGAUAUUCAUAA